AUGACACAAACGAAGAUUUCUUCCGACUGGUCAUAUGUCGCCAACGUCAUUGAUAGGCUUGUUCUUAUAAUCUUUACUAUGGUAAACUUUAUUGGAACUACUGUCAUUAUCCAAAAUUCUCCCAUGUUGUUCGACCACAGCGAACCUAUGAAAAUAGGUUCUGCAACUAGACCGCUUUCUGGAGACACGUUUGAAAGUGCUUUUGACGUCAAUUUCACCCAAGAGAGUUGGUGGAAAAAUUCUGGAGGCCUCUAA